GAUGAACUGAAGGAUCCGGAAAUGGAAACGGGUCGGGCUUCACUAACGGGUCAAUAAUCUGGGCCUACGCUGGGCCCAACCUGGUCAGCUCGGAUUCAUCGCCGGGCUCCGGAUAAGUCAACGAGCCCAAAAUCCAAUUCGAACCGUCCCGACAUCUGUUUGUCCGGUCGUUCAAGGAGGAGAUCACGAGCACGUGCGGUGCAUGCGCCCUUCCCGACCGGGAAUCCCGACGUUGCCGCGGGACUCUGCUGCUGCUUCAAAAGUUUCAAAACCUCCCCCUCUUUGUCUCGCCUUCAUCUCCAUCAUCGGUUCGUCCCUGCCCUUCCCACUCUCGCUGGGAAUUGCGAUCUCAGCUCAUGCUUCCCAACUCAUCGGUAAGUCGACGGACGAGCUCGCCAGCUAGCUCCUGAUACCAUUCCUGGCUCUACUUGGUCACCAAGAAACCGAAAAGCUCCGUAUAGCAAAGGAAAAUCAAUCGUACUAAAGCCGCAUCGAACAUCAUAGAUCAUCAUCCUCUCUUUCUUAAGCAGCUCCUCUUUAAUCUCAUUGAUUAUAUGAUUGAUUUUGUCGAGUUUGCGGCAUCGUUGGCGCGUUUGAUUACACGGGACUGUGGAUUCGACUAGGGAUUCGGUGGGAUCAAUUGCUCCAUUCAUGAGAAGAUGAAGUUCGAGGAGAUGUUCACGGAGUACCUGCACGGAGAUCAGGAGCGCUUCCUCGAUAAGUGCUCCCAUGUCGAGUAUAAGCGGCUGAAGGAAGUCCUCAAGAGCUGCCGCAGUUGCAAGCAUUCUGAGAAUUCUUGCUCUUCUGAGCAAGAGAGCGCCAAUGGCAAUGAAGCCAAGGGAUUGUGUCAGUGCGAAAGUUGUCCAUUUUGCGAUCAGAAAUUUUUCACCGAGCUGAUGAAGGAAGCUUCAGAUGUAGCCGGAUGUUUUCGCAUUAGAGUCAGACAUCUGCUCCAUCUUCAUAUGGCAACUGGAAUGCAGAAGUACAUAAAGUUCCUGCGCCAUUGCUUUAGGGAUGAUCAACAGCUCAAGCUCCAGGAGGGAAGAGUGCUAAUUCAAUACAUUACUAUAAAUGCCAUUGCCAUCAGGAAGAUCCUCAAGAAGUAUGACAAAGUUCAUGGCUCGACGAAUGGAGAGAAUUUCAGAUCCAAGAUGAGGGCCAAACAUUUAGAGCUUUUGCAAUCGCCAUGGCUGAUAGAAUUGGGAGCCUUUUUUAUGAAUAUCAGGGGAUCGAAUGCUGAACGUUCCCAAGGCUCGAAUCAAUACUCUUUUGACUUUGAUGCUGCACGACCUGUGAUGACUAUGUCUCUCCUGGAAUCCGCAGAACUUGAAUAUGAUCUGACUUGUGCUAUUUGCCUGGAUACCGUGUUCAACCCGUACGCUUUGAGCUGUGGUCAUCUGUUUUGCAAGCUGUGCGCACGUUCUGCUGCUUCCAUGAUGAUCUUCCAAGGGCUUAAAGCCGCAAGUCCUAAUGCGAAAUGCCCCGUUUGUCGAGAGGCAGGAGUAUAUGCCAAUUCCGUGCACAUGUUGGAACUCAAUCUGCUCUUGAAAAACAGGUGCAAGGAGUACUGGAAGGAGAGGAUGAUAGCCGAACGUGCAGAGAUUGUGAAGCAGUACAAGGAGUACUGUGACUUCCAGACCAAAUACGCGAUUGGACAUCAACUUCUGCUCUAGCUCAAUAUUUCAUAUAAUCAUAUGAACAGCAAUUAAUUGUUCGAGAUGUUCACACUGCAUUUUUUGAAAGAAGGAAUAGUCGGUCAUGCAUUUGUAUCGUAAAUUUUUUGGACAAGUGUCAGUAAUUUUACUCGUAUAAUCAAAGAUUUACAAACACUCAUCCAGAUCAUUUGUGUCCUAAAUUUGCUCUAUGACAGCUUCAGAAUUCGGUAAUACCAGCGAGU